UAACCUGGCAACCCGGGUGCUGCAGGAACAGGAAGGACGUUUGCGCGUCUCGCUCGUGCGCGUUACUUUCUCUCUCUGCAGGAGAGCAAAUGGUCCCAGACUCUCACAGAUGGCCGCUGAGCGAUUAGUCUCCAUGUUUCUGGUGUCUGAGGUUUAGUGAGUUUUGAAGAAAAUAGAAAUAAACACACGGUUUUAGAGGAGAUUAGCUAAACACGGCUAACCGUCGAGCCGAGUGAGAGCUCGCGCGCCUGUGCAGCCGUAGCAGCCAACUGACUGCGCGCGCGCACGACCCCCGAUACACAGUUUUGAAGAAGACGUGAUUCCCAAAAUGUCCAAGGCACCGAAUUCUCCUUCUCACUCUCGGUCCAGAUCGAGGUCUCGAUCCCGUUCGAGGUCGUAUUCGCGAUCUCGCUCCAGCAGCCGCUCGCGCUCGAGGUCCAGGAAGCAUCGCUACAGCUCUAGAUCUCGCUCCCGUUCCCAUAGUCGUGACAGAAACUACCCUUCGAGAGAUUUUCAGAGCAAUCGGGGGUACACUCGUGGUUUCCGUGGCUACCGGAGACCCUUCUAUCACAACCGUGGCCGGGGUCGUGGUUAUUAUCCACGCGGCUACCACAGAGGAGGUGGUGGUGGUGGUGGUUCUUACGGUUACCGCUCCAACAACUGGCACGGAGGCCACCGUGACCAGCAGCAAUCCCAUGAGCACCACAGCCCCAAAAGGGGACGCUCUCGCUCCCGCACACCCCGCAAGCGCUCUAGGAGCCGCAGCCGCUCCCAUUAUUCCGGCAAAUCCUCUUCCCGAUCUCGUCACUCUAGCUCAUCUUCGCGAUCCCCGUCUCCGCGACGCCGCAGCUCUGGAAAAGCUCCGUCUAAGGAUUCAAAGAGUAAGACCUCACCAAACGAAGGAAAAGGCAAUAGCAAAGAAGCAGAGCCCAAACCUUCUGUACCCAUUCCUGAGGAGCCACCGAGCAAAUGGGAGAGCAUGAGUGACUACACCACCAGUCCUAAAGCCUCUAAUCCAGAGCCAACCGCUCCGGUAGGGACCCAACCUGAGGUUAAAGUGUCCCUUUCUGGAGCUACAGGUAAUGGUGCCUCUGUUUGGAGAAGCAUUAGUGUUCCUGAAACCAAGAGUCCUCCAAAGCCAACAGCGUCAACUGGUUUUGGCUUCUUCUCAAAGGAAGACAUGAAGGCAGGAGAGAAAGCGGCCAUUACCACAGCAUUCAAAAAGUUUCUGGCAGAGAAGAAAAAACCCUCAUCUGACUGGGAUGACAAUCAGGACGAAGAGCCGAAUACCAGCGAUGCUGAAAAGGAGAAGAGUAACCGAAAACAAAAAGGAAUUUUCGAACUGGAUCCGGUUUAUGUUGAGUCAAAGGCCGAGAAAGGACUUCCGUUUCUGGGCGAGGAGGAAGAGGAGUACUCGAAGAGCCUGAGAGAGAGAAAAACCGAGGAGGAACCCAAGUACAAGGCCAAGCCCACUCUGUCUGCGAGGGAGCUGUUUGAGGAGCGUUUUGGGAAGUGGGAUGAUGACUACGUGUCCAACAAAGAUUCGUCGCAACGGGAGGAAGAAAUGGAGGAGGAAGAACACGUGAUGGAAGAGCUUUACCGAAGCCGAAAGCAGGCAGCACGCAAAGAAGAGAAGGCUGCCAAGAAGAAGGAGAAGAAGAAGAACCGUGUGAGUCCAGCAUCUCCUUCACCGCCCAGAAGCACAGAGCGUAGCAAGCCCCUGUUCCCUUCAGCCAGGGAGUCGUCACCUCCCGCCAGAUCCGCUAAGAAGAAAGAGCCUGAAUUUAAUUUUAGCCUGAAAGCAUUUAACGAUGACGCAGAGAGCUCAUCUGGUGCUUUAGCCAAAGAAAGACGUUUGUCUCAGGAUCUAAUAUACCCUGUUAAGAAAGAGCAUGAGGAGUUUCGCUCCAUUUUCCAGCACAUUCAGGCUGCUCAGCUUCGCCGCAGCCCGUCAGAGCUGUUUGCUCAACACAUAGUCACCAUCGUCCAUCACAUCAAAGCUCAGCACUUUCGCUCGUCUGGGAUGUCUCUGAAUGAGCGAUUCGGCAUGUACCAAAGAAAAGCCGCACAGAUGGAAAUGAUGAGGCAAAGAAAGAGUCCUGAGAUCCACAGGAGAAUUGAUGUGUCUCCCAGUGCUUUUAAGAAACACGCUCGUCUGUUUGAGGAUAUGGAAGAGAGCGACUACAAGGAUUAUGGUAAAAAAUAUGAAGGAGAGUCAAUGGACCUGCGUUUGGAUAUUGAGCGACGUAAAAAAUACCCCAAACGCGAGGGGGGCAAAGGCUCAGCCGGGUCACGCACCCCCAGCCGAGAACUCUCUCCUGACAAAUCCUCCAAACACAAGAAGUCAAAGAAAAGCAAGAAGAAGCGUGAGCGUUCUCCUUCCUCCUCGUCCUCCUCUUCCUCUCCCUCACCCCAUGCGUACCGAUCCAGAGAGUACCACGGCGAGGAGAUGGAGCAUAUGGAGAAAGGGGGCUUCGAUAAGUCCCGCCUGGGGCCGCGAGAGUACCCCCGGGACUAUGAGGGGGGCCACAUGGAGAGAGGAGGCUACGAGAGAGGAAGAGGAGGGUACGAGCGCGGAGGAUUCGACCGAACGGGAUACGAUAGAGGACGCGGGGGAUACGACAGGGGAUUUCCUAGAAUGAGAGGUAGGGGAUGGAACAGGGGGAAUUACCCCAACAACAAUAACAAUGGAAACCCCGCUAACAUGGGCGGCCCAGUGCGCCCGCAGGAGGAGGAGUGGGACCCUGAAUACACCCCUAAAAGCAGGAAGUACUACCAGCACGAUGACCGUGACCGUGAGGGAGAGAUGAAGUGGGCGGACGGGCGCGGUCGUGGGCGGGGCAUGUACCCGCGCAGCAGAGGCUCCUUCACCGUGCGCAGAGGUGCUGGCGCCGGCGGUAGCAGCGGCAGCCCCAAGUGGACCCACGACAUGUUCCAGGGAGCCACGGAGGAGGGAGAGCUGCCUGACGACGGACCUGAGCACGGCCUCAAAGACGACGAAAAAGCAGCUGAGGGCGCCGCCUCUAAACCCUAGACCACACCCACUCAUCUUUCUGUGUGUUUUUUUUUUUGUUUUGUGUUUUUUAAAUAUUAGUUAAUUCACUACUGCAGUCCCCAAACGCAGGUGUGUUGUUCAGAUGGAGUGUGCAGCGCUGUUCUGCCGAGCCACUCUGUUUAUUCAGUCUCGCAAUUAGAACAAAAUUCCUUCUGUUUACUUUUUAGUUUGAAUAUGUAUUUUUUUUUUUUACUCUGUAAUUUUAGACGUAGCAGCUCCAGUCCACUUAAGUCUAACUGGAAUUAAUCCUGCUGUCUGUGUGUACAUGGCAUUUUUGUUUUUUUUCUUCAUUUUUCUUUUUAUAAUGUGCAAUGGAGAUGCGCACUUGUGCCUUAGAGACGGGAACUGCAGUGAAGUGGAACUCUCUUAUGGUUUUGUGGGUUUUUUUUUUUUUGUUUGUUUGUUUUUUUUUUUUUUAUAAAAACUUGCUCACUCUGUCUAUUCUCUUUUUCCCUUCUUUCUGUCUCACAGCCUCUUUCCUCCUCCAUCUUUCUCGGUGUGUACCGAGACGUGGGUGUGUGUUGUACAGAUCUCAGACUUUAUUUUAACUCGUCUUGUCCAUCCUGUUGACGUAAAUCGCCGAGCUGCUUCCCCUCUGGAACGGUUCCACUGUGUAUUUUUAAUGAUCCGUGAUUAAUAAGUCAUCAAGAGAGUUAAAUCUGUAGUGGGAUUACUUUCAGUCGUACCCUGAAUUGUUUUUUUUUUUUUUUUUUUUUUAAUUGUAUUCACUGUUGCUUUGUAAAUGACAAACGAGAUGAUUGUAAUGGCUUAUAGAUUUUUUUUUUUAAACAUAUGUAAUAUUAAAAAAAAAAAAAAAAUUUAGUCAAGACCCCAACAGGUUUUAGUCAGUAAAAAAAAAAUGGAGUUUUGUGUGUCAGCAGAAGGGAAUUGUGGGAAAAUGAAACACGGUCUUUGUAUGCAAAAACACAGCUAAAUGAUUUUAGACGGACAGCGAGCACACUUUAGCUGCUACACAGUUUGUAUAAUUAUAGAUCUCCUCGUAAUUCAGUGAUCUGAGCGUAAUGAGCCAUAAUAAUCGUAGUAGAUCUGUGAUUGAAAGACGUUUUCAGCUCUGCUUUGUAGACUCUCCUCUACCCUUUUGAUUUGCAGUGACACAUUUAUAAAGCUGUUUUGUUACGUUUAUACUGUUCAGGCAAUGCUCUCAUUUCUGUCUUUCCUCGUUUCCGUUUCAAUAAAAAUCCCUCUUCGGUUUA